UGGGGCUGCCUUACCCAUUUAACUAAUGUUUCAUUCGUACAAACUGUCACAUUGCCAACUAUACCAUCCCCUCUUCCACCACCUCAACUUGUCUUCCUUUUUCUUCUUGAAUAUAGCUAUCUAUUCAUUAUUUUGGAUGCGGGUAAUUAAUUUGUAAGCAAUGGCAAUCGCUGCCGCCAUUAUUCUUCCUAUUGGUCUUCUCUUCCUUUUAUCUGGCCUCAUUAUCAACUUUAUUCAGGCACUUCUCUUCAUUCUAGUUCGACCCUUUACAAAAAAGGUAUACAUAAGGAUAAACAAAGAAGUAACAGAAUUGUUAUGGUUGGAACUCAUCUGGCUUUUCGACUGGUGGGCAAAUGUUAAGGUUGAGCUAUACACAAAUCAAGAAACUUAUGGGUUAAUGGGAAAAGAGCCUGCACUAAUAAUCUCCAACCAUAGAAGUGACAUUGACUGGCUUGUUGGAUGGGUCAUAGCUCAGCGAGUAGGUUGCCUCGGUAGCACAAUUGCUUUGGCAAAGAAGUCUCUAUCAUAUCUUCCAGUUUUGGGAUGGUCAAUGUGGUUUGCUGGUAAUAUCAGUCUUCAGAGAAGCUGGGCCAAGGAUGAAAACACUUUGAAGUCAGGAUUCCAAGAGCUAAAUGAUUUCCACCAACCUUUUUGGUUGGCUGUUUUUGUAGAAGGAACUCGCUUUACACACGCAAAGCUUUUAGCAGCUCAAGAAUAUGCUGUUUCUGCAGGAAAACCUAUCCCAAGGAAUGUUUUGAUUCCUCGAACCAAGGGUUUUGUUGCAGCAGUAAGCCAUUUGCGUUCCGUUGUUCCAGCAAUUUAUAAUAUAACAUUUGCAAUUCCUAAAGAUAAGCCUCGACCGACAUUGCUAAGAUUGCUUAGAGGAUGCUCUUCUGUGGUCCAUGUGCGUGUUGAACGCUGUUUGAUGCAGGAAUUACCAGAAGAUGAGAGUGGCAUUGCGCAAUGGUGCAGAGAUGUUUUUGUUGUAAAGGAUGCUUUAUUGGACCGGCAUCUUGCUACGGAUACAUUUGGUGACCAAGAAUGUCAAGAUAUUGGAAGACCAAAAAAAUCCUUAAUGGUUGUUAUCUCUUGGUCAUGUUUCCUUUUCUUUAGCGCGAUAAAAUUUUUCGAGUGGUGUCCAUUCUCUUGGGGAGCAGUUGUAUUUUGUGCAGUUUUCAUGGUCUUGGUCCUAGUCUUGAUGCAGAUACUCAUCAUCUUUUCCAAGUCAGAAAAACCUACUGCUCCUAAAGUACUUCCUCCAAAUACAUUGAAGGAAAACCUACUUCCUGCAUGAUGAUUUGAUGAAAAUUUUAGAUGGUUCAACUGGUUGUAUAUAGGGAUAAUUUCCUCAAACACGCUUUAACACUUCCAGAGAUUAGAGUAUCCAAACUUGAGGAGAGGACUAAGAAGGGCUGGUUUUUGCAAGAGAUUUUUGAAGAUCGACAUUCUUUGAUUCUUUGGUGGCUCUAACUUUCUUACUGUUCUUUGAUUUGUUAUUCAUGAUUUGCCUCCUAUGAAAGUAUCAGGAAUAUGUUUAGGUUUAGUAGUUUACAAAUUAUCCAAUUGUAUCUUAAUAUUUGUUCCAUUGUAUGUGAAAAGUUGCUACAGUUGUAUCAUUUAUUUGACACAGAAAACAUGAGCUGGAGCUGGUA